UGUUUUCCCAUACUUCCGCAGCGUCCCGGAAGGCAGGACUGUUGAUGCGGAACUAAUGAAGAGAGUAAAUAUAACAACAUUUGCAACUUGCGUCUCUCAACGCGGGAUAUAGAAGCUCUGAACAUGACAAACGUAUACUCUUUCGACGGCAUUCUUGUAUUUGGUAUACUUUUCAUUUGCACAUGUGCAUACCUGAAGAAGGUCCCUCGCCUUAAUAACUGGCUAUUGUCUGAGAAAAAAGGUGUUUGGGGAGUAUUUUACAAAGCUGCAGUAAUAGGCACACGGCUCCAUAUUGCGGUGGCAGCUUCCUGUGUGUUUAUGGCAUUUUACCUGAUUUUUCUGAAAUGACCAGGAAGGAACGGAUCAGUCUUAUGGACACUGGACUAUGGAAUGCCAAUAGAAAUGUAGUACUGGCAAGUUUUGCCAACUUCAUGUGAAGAUGCACAGAGACCCUAUUCCACCUGGGCCAAUGUUGGUAAUAAGCUGCAGUUUAGCACUUAUGUAAGACCUGAUUUUGUUAAAUGUAGUUUGAAGUUAAAAUUAGAUUGAGGGGAAUUCAGUCAUAGAUCAGGGCUAAAUGGUAAUUGCUGCUGUGAAUGGUUAAAUGAUGAGGAAAAUACUUUCCAAGUUAAGGACCUCCUAGUUUGCGAUUCAGACUUCGCUUGUGUACAAAUUACUAUCUUUUUGUUAUGUUUUUCUCUCAAACAUGCAAAAUUGGGCUAAUAGGUGUGUAGUGAAGAAGGUAGAAACAAUGUUAUCUGUACAAGUUGUUUUCUAAUUUUUUACCUAAAUUUGCCAUAUUUACAAAAAUCAUAAUUUUUGUACAGAAGGGUUACCAUUGGUUGCAACAUGGAAAAUUGACAAAAACAUUUGACAGUUUCACGGACAUAAACACUUGCGAAUUGAAAAUGAAGCUCAAAAGUGAUUCAGCCUGGUAAUGCUAAUGUUCUAACACAACAUUCUUUUGAUAGCACAAAUGUACCUAUGUACUUACAUUUUAUAAAGCACACCAUCUUGACAUUCACCGAAUGAUAUCAUUGUGAAGGCAUGCUUUUACUUUGUUUGAUUUAAUAAUCAUUAUGAAAAUACACCACUCUGUCACAGACCCAGCUGGACUUAGAGAUAAACCACAAUAAACAUAGACAUAGAUGUCAGCUCUCUCAAUGGAUAUGCAUUUAUAGUAAAUAUGGAAUAUAUGAUAUUAUUGACCAGUAAAUUACACUACAUUUUCUUUAAACCUUCACCAUCAUUAUCUGAGGGUUUCAGUUUCAGAAUGUUUAUUUUUUCUUGUUUUGGUGCAGUUUUAUCCAUUACAUAAAACAAAGAUGUAUAUGCCGAGAUGUUCUUUUGUAAAAUAAAAUCAACAAUUGAUCUAUUCUCUAUGCUCUUACCAUUAAAACUUUCUUUUCACUGUGUAAAUGUACAAAGCCUUACUCUAAAACUGCUCAUACUGUAUACGGGAUGAUAGAUCAUAAUAAAUAUUUGAUAGAAAACCCCAUGCACCUUCAUACUGAUUUUGGGGAAGAGGGUUAUUUAUUUAUUUUAAAGCAAUAGUUUUUAAGAACUGAGCUUAAAAUGUACAUUCCUCAUACAGAGUCUUGUGUCAUGAAAAAGAUACUGUCCUUAAUAUUCUAAAAUUGGUAUGAUAUAACUUGAAAUGGUUGAAAUGUUUUAAGGAUUGACGAGGCUAAUAAAAGCGCAAGGAAAAAGAAUUACAUUAAAUAUACUUUGUUCGCAACAUAUGUUUAUUUAAAAAAUAAGUAAAUAAUCUUGGGGUUUUAUAAACUGAACUGGGGCCAAAUUGUUUUUCUGUAUCUUGCUUAACACUUUUAUUGUAACUAACAUAAACUGUUAAUAAUGUGUCUAUAAAAAAAAAAGUAUUUAACUGCAUUA